AUGGAUGCUCUCAUUUGGAAUAUAAGGUCAGUCAAUACUCAACAAGCAUUUGAAAGGCUCAUCAAAUUACAUAGAAAGAAUCAUUAUGAGUUCAUUGGACUUAUGGAACCCAUGCAACAAGCUAGAAUAUUGGAAAGGUAUAGAAAUAGAAUUGGUUUUGCACAGGUAAUUGCCAAUGUAUCAAACAAGAUUUGGGCUUUCAUUGAUGAAGUAUAUGAAGUAACAGUGGUGUACAAUUUGGUCCAGCAAUUGACUUUGAGAUUGCUUCAUACAGAAUCACAUUUUGAAUUUGUUCUUACAUUGGUGUAUGCUAAGUGUGAUGUCAUAGAAAGAAUUGAACUUUGGGAUUCUCUGUACUAUAUGGCACAAGAUAUGACAGUUCCAUGGUUAGUGGGAGGAGACUUUAAUGUUAUUUGGGAUGAGGAAGAAAAGUUUAGAGGCCUCCCAGUAUCUUUAAAUGAAAUAGAUGAUUUCAGGCAUUGUAUUAACACCUGCAACUUGAUGGACUUGGGAUUCAAGGGCAGUAUAUUCACAUGGUGGAAUGGAAGGGCAGAAGAAGAUUGUAUCUUUAAGAGAUUAGACAGGUGUGUAGCAAAUACAGAGUUUCAGCAGGCAUUUCCAGGCAUAGAAGUCCAGCAUCUUUCUAAGAUAGGAUCAGAUCAUUGCCCUCUUCAACUCAAGUGUGAUUUAGAGACUCCUCCUGUGAAGAAACCAUUUAGGUUUUUGAAUUUCUGGGUGGAUCAUGCAUCCUUCAAAGAAGUGGUGAGACAAAAUUGGACAGCUGAUUUUAGUGCAAGUCCUUAUGUUAUAUUCAACCAUAAAUUGAAGAAGCUCAAGAAGGUAUUAUCAGAAUGGAGCAAGAAAACAUUUGGAGACAUUUUUCAGAAGAUUGCUAGUUUGGAAGAGGUUGUCCUUGUUCAUGAAGCUGAAUUUGAAGCAAAUCCUACUAGGCUAAACAGACAAAGGUUGCAAAAAGUACAAGCUGAGCUCAUUAAAUUCUUAGCCGUGGAGGAAAAAUUUUGGAAACAAAAAGCAGGAAUGUCUUGGUUUAAAGAUGGAGAUAGGAACACUAAAUUUUUUCAUGCACAAGUUAGAGGUAGAAGGAAGAAGUUGCAGCUGUCCAGAAUUCAAAAUAGCCAAGGUGUGUGGAUUGAAGAAGAUGAAGACAUAGCAAAGGAGGCAAUCAAAUUCUUUGAAAACCAGUUCACAGAAAAUGCAGUCCCUACCUCCUUUGAAAUCAUAGAGCAUGUGCCUUCUUUGAUAGAUAUGGGACAGAACUCAGAAUUGAUAAAGCAGCCAACUUUAGAAGAGGUUAAAACAGCAGUUUUUGGUCUUAAUGGGGAUAGUGCAGGAGGACCAGAUGGUUUCACAGGCAAAUUCUACCAAUCUUGCUGGGAUAUAAUAGGAGGAGAUCUGUUUGAUAUGGUAAGAGCUUUUUUCAAUGGCCAUGAGUUACUUAAGUGUGUUACUCAUUCUAAUUUGGUUCUGUUACCAAAGAAAAAAGAAGUAUGUACAUUUUCUGACCUGAGACCAAUUAGUUUGAGCAACUUCACUAACAAGGUAAUAUCCAGGGUGAUUCAUGAGAGGUUGGUAGGUAUGUUACCAGGUCUAAUAUCUGAUGAACAAUCUGGUUUUGUGAAGGGCAGGAGCAUUGUAGAAAACAUUUUACUCACCCAGGAAAUAGUCACAGACAUGAGACUAAGAACAAAGGCUGGUCCUAAUGUGAUUAUGAAAUUAGAUAUGACCAAGGCUUAUGACAGACUUUCUUGGCUUUUUCUUACCAAAGUCUUGAGGAGAAUGGGGUUCUCAGAGAGAUUUAUAGGCAUGGUGUUUGGCAUAGUGUCAAAUAACUGGUAUUCUGUGCUAAUCAAUGGUCAAGCACAUGGAUUUUUCACAUCAUCUAGAGGGGUGAAGCAAGGGGAUCCAUUAUCCCCUACUUUGUUCAUUUUAGCUGCAGAGGCACUAUCAAGAGGUCUUAAUGCACUGCACUUGAAUUUGCACUUCCGUGGAUAUGGAAUGCCUAAGUGGAGCCCAAAAAUAAAUCAUCUUGCUUAUGCAGAUGAUACUAUUAUUUUCUCUUCUUCUGAUGCAACAUCUUUAAGGCUUAUCAUGGAGGUUCUUGCAGCAUAUGAGAAUGCCUCUGGACAGUUGGUAAACAAAGCUAAGUCUGCAGUUUAUCUUCAUCAUUUAACAGACCUUGAAGUUGCAGAUAAGGUAGAGAGAAUCACAGGUAUAAAGAGACAAGAGUUUCCUAUCAUAUAUCUGGGGUGUCCUAUAUUUUACUCAAGGAGGAAAAUGGAGUAUUAUCAGCCAAUGAUUACAAGAGUAAUGGAUAGGCUUCAGACAUGGAAAGGCAAGCUAUUGUCAAUAGGGGGAAGGGCAGUACUUAUUGCACAUGUGCUGCAGAGCAUGCCAAUACACUUACUCUCAGCUGUUAAUCCACCUAAGUAUGUGAUCAAUCGAUUACAUAAAAUUUUUGCCCAGUUCUUUUGGAGCAGCUCAGUCACAGGAAAUAACAGAACAAAACCUAGUCUGUGGAGUGCUUUCAUGAGCCAAAAAUAUUGUAAAAAAUUAAACUCUGUGAUAGUUCCAUGGAGGGAAGGCUCACAUAUAUGGAGGAAGAUGCUGGAGUGUAGGGAAUUGAUUGAGCAUCAGAUCAUGUGGUAUCCAAAAAUGGGAUCCUCAUUAUUUUGGUUUGACAACUGGACUAGUUUGGGGGCACUAUACUUUCUGGUUCCUCAAGAUUUUGGAAUUGAUGAAUCUGUGCAUAAUGUAUAUGAGGUAAUGGAAGGAGGUGGCUGGAAUGCUGAAAAACUUUUUGAGUUACUACCUGAAGAAUUUGCAAAACAUAUAAUUCUGAAUAUUAAGCCACCUACAGCAGAAGGGAUCAUUGAUACACCAUACUGGAUGUUAGAACCUAGGGGUUUUUUUAGUGAUAGAUCUGCUUGGGAAUAUUUGAGAAGGAGAGCUGAUCCAAGGGCAUCAUACAGGAUGAUAUGGCUGUGGAGGAACAAAUUGCCUUUGGAUGACUUUUUCAGAAGGUUGGGGUACUUGAUGGCAUCCAAGUGCUGGUGUUGUGCAGAACCUAAAGAGGAGACAACACAGCAUUUGUUCUUUACUUCAUAUGCAGCAAACAAGGUGUGGAAAUACUUCAUGGGACAUGCAGGAUUGGCUAUAGAAGGAAUCACAUUACAUCAAGCCAUCAUCAAAUGCUGGACUAUAGAUGUAAUACCAAGACUGAAGCCAAUUAUGCAAGCAUUGCCAUCUGUAAGUGUCUGGGAGUUAUGGAAGAGAAGAAAUUGCUACAAAUAUGGAGAUGCAGUCACUAUCAACAGAGUGGUAUACCAGAUAUCCUCUACCUUGCAGUCUCUCAUUAAGGUUAGGAAGCCAGGAGUGCAGCAGGUCCCUCACAGGUGGCCAGACAUGUUGAGGAUGAUGGAGCAAUUCACACUAACUCUUAAAUACACAAAGGUUCUGUGGGAAUUUCCAGAACAAGGUUGGGUGAAAGUGAAUACAGAUGGAGCUUCUAGAGGUAAUCCUGGUAGGAGCUCUAUUGGCUUUGUCCUGAGAAAUGAAGAGGGUGAUGUUCUGUAUGCAUGUGGCAAGGAAAUACAAGAAGGUACAAAUUCAGUAGCUGAAGCCAAGGCCAUUUAUGAGGCUAUGAAGUUCUGUGUGCAUCAUGACUAUAUCCUCAUAGACUUACACACAGAUUCAAUGGUGUUAAAGAAGGCAAUAACUGGAGAAUGGAAGCCACCUUGGGUGAUAGGUUCAUUGGUAGAGGAGAUUAGAGAAUUAAUGAAUACAGCUAAUGUAAAGCUGUCACAUACUCUCAGGGAAGGUAACAAGUUAGUUGACCACAUUGCUAAUUAUGCUCUAGACAAUGGACCUAUGGAAUGCUAUGGAUUUCAGGAGUUAGAUGUUCAGGGGAGGAGAUUGGUAGGAGUUUGGAGACUGCCCAGAAUGUUUAAAAGAAAUGGGCAGGAUGGAGCUGAGCACAAAGGAGGCUUUCACAUUAUAAAGCUGCUCAAUAAGAGAAGAGAAAAACAAGAUAUAGUGUCAGUACAAGUUUCAAGCACUGUGAGAGCAGUAGCAUGGACAGACAGAAAACUGGCACUACAGUCAAUGAAAUUGCCCAGAAAGUUUAAGAGAAUUGGGCAAUCACAUAAGCAAAAUGGAACAUGGGAUAUAGGGAAUCAGUACUAUGUACUCAACCCAAGGAGGGAAACAAGUGGAGGAACAAGCAUGAUAAUUAACACUGCUGAGCAAGAUAUGCCUAAAAGUGGGAGAUCUACUGAAACUAGCAAUCUUCAAUAUAGGAUACUAGUCACAAUUGAAGGGCAACAACAACAUACAGAAAAAGGAAGCAUUCAAACCUAUGAGAUCAAAAAGGCACACAGCCUGCAGACAGCAAAAUUCCCUUCAGAAUCAAGGGAACUCAGCUGGAUGAUGCACCUGUGGGAAAAAGCAAUAAAGCAUAAGAAGGGAUACAAUUCACAACAUACAGAGAUUCAGACACUCUUGAGGACUUAUUAUCCUCAUGAAAAACAGAAAUCAGUGAAAAAACAAAAAAUACAACAAGAUGAGGAGGGGAAGAUCUUUAUUCUCAUAAUAAUCUGCAAGAUUCGCUGGUAUUGGCAAAGAAUUUUGAGCAGCAUUUCAGCAAUAUCGACUGGAACAUCAUCAUGCAACACAAAGGAGGCAAAGAAGGGAAGUCAACUGGUCAGUAGCGGCACACACAGAGCUAGGCAACCUAAUAUAUACCAUCUUGGCACAUGCUGUAGGCAAGAUCGAACAGGAGUAUCUUCAGGGGCAAAGGCAUCACAAGCAGCAGCAACAGGAGAACAUGGUGCAGCAAUUGGUGAUUCGAACAAGGAAUUUGGCAAAGGUAGAGCAAAAGUGAAUUUCAGAGAGGACAUUUUGGAAAGCAUUAAGAACUAUGAUAGAUACAGGUGGGUUCAAACGGAUACAAUGAGUGUUAUCAAAGGAAUAAAUACAAUAUUGAAGGUUACAAAUGGAGACAACACGUGUACAAGGAAAAUGAAUCAAGAAAUGAGGCUAAAUCUGCAAUUUAAGGUGCUGGAGAAUAAUUGGACGGAAUGUGGCUAUAUUUGCAAGCAGUAUGGAACGCUAUGUUGGGCUUAUAAGAAAUGCAAUUUGGGUUAUGCUGGAAAAUGA